UGUAAUUGAAUGUCUCAACGCACCUCUCGACACGUGCCAUUAGCACGCGCUGCUGCCUGCAUGACUGAGCUCGCUGGGCUGGGAAUGACUGGAGACCCCGAGCGUUCUCGUUCCAGCCGAAGCUCCUUGAUCAUCGCAGUCGUGAUUUUGCUCACCACGCUAAGCCUGUUUGGGGCUUUGCUCUUCGUGCCCGAGUUGUUAGCAUCUGGACUCCUGGCGUAUUCCUUCGGGCUCCGCCAUGCUGUGGAUGUAGACCACAUCGCAGCCAUCGACAACAUCACUCGAAAGCUGACGACUCGCACGAGUCGUCCGCAAACCGUUGGCAUGUUCUUUGCAUUGGGCCACUCCUCAGUGGUCUUCCUCGCAUGUUCUGCCAUCGUCUUGGCGCAACACUACAUCUCUGAUCAUUUGGAGAUCUUCCACAGAUAUGGCAACAUCAUUGGCAUCAGCGUGUCGGGCUUCUUUUUAUUCUUCAUCGGCUUGUUGAACCUCUACACCGCCAGACAGUUGUGGUUGAAUUGGGAAAAUGGCCACAACCACCCGAUGAUGGGAUGCUGCCUCAGAUGUUGUCCGCGGCUUUUUGGGGCGAUCUCGAAGCCCUGGCACAUGUUACUGGUGGGCUUUCUCUUUGGCCUGGGCUUCGACACUUCGACAGAAGUAGGGCUUCUGGGUAUUGUGGCUGUCUCGCACUUGAAAGCGCCGGCAGUCACCAUCUUGUUGCUUCCUUUACUGUUUAUGUCGGGCAUGUGUCUCCUGGACACGCUGAACGGCUUCUUCAUGUCCUGGGUCUACCAGACGUCUCUCGAGGACGACAUGCAGAAGACCUACUUCAACUUCUUCCUGACGUCCACGUCAGGUGUUAUCGCUCUUUCCGUGGGCUCUCUGGAAUUGCUGGGUUUGCCAGCCGCGCUGGGCAUGCCUGGUCUGGGCGAUCAUGGAUUCUGGCAAGGUGUAGAGACUUUGAACAAUCACUUUGAGAUGCUAGGAAUUGCUGCUGUGAGUUUCUUCGCCUUUUCCAUGCUGGUGGCCUGGUGCUGCUAUCGACGGGUCACUGGGUGCCGGUCCACAGAACAUGACCGGGUGCGAAGAGGUCUGGUGCGCUAUGUGGAAAACGGGAACUUGAUUGACCGUUCCGGCGUGUGAGGAAAAAAGACAUGUCUGCAGCUUGCCGUGGGGGCUUCCCUUUUCUUUCAGAUCCGGAAUUCGACCCGCGAAUCUGCA